AUGCACUUCAGCACCUUCGCAUCAGUCAUUCUUAUCGCCGCCAGCUUGGCCGCCUUAACAACUACCACCACUGCCGAUUUGCAAUCCGAUCUACGUGAUUUCCAAGCGCUGAUACCACGUCGCCGCAUCGGUUACAUUGCCGCCCGUCAUUACAUUGUCGAUGCGCGCUUCCGCAGCGCUUUGGCAUUUAUAAGCAGCCCAGAAUUCCCACACACUUGGCAGCAGAUACGAAACACUAGCGAAUUUGCAGAGCUUGUCGGAUUUUUGCAACGCCAUGGUGGCAACGGCGUGGAUGCUGAAGGUGGCUUCGAUGUUACCACCAUCAUUGAUCGCAUACCGAAUCAGCUGCGUGCCUUCAAUAUUCCUUCUAAGGUGCCGGUGAGCAUGAUGUUCCAGCGCACGGUCUCCGAUUUUCUCAGCGAUGUGGUGCGUGAUUUGCCACGCGCACGUAUCGCCAGCCUAAUGACACGCAAGGUGCAGGAGGGUGGGGAAUUUUCACAGCUCUAUAAAGCUUUGAGGAGUACAGAAUUCAAGGAGCUGCUGCAAAGUACGCGGAAAUCAUGUAACCUGGCGGCGCCAAUUCAAAAGCUCAAUCAAAACUUUGUUGACGUAGACAACCUUAUUUCUAUUGGAUUCAAUGUUCUCAGCUGGGGUCCAUAG